GGCCGCGGGUGGGCGGAGCUGGUCGGGAUGAGUGGCGGAAGGACGGAGAACCCUGUAGCGUGCGAGGCCGCUCAGGGCGGCCGCAGCAAGAAGCGGGACUCGCUGGGCACCGCGGGUGCGACGCACCUCAUUAUCAAGGAUCUUGGAGAAAUUCAUUCAAGGCUUCUGGAUCACAGACCAGUAACCCAAGGUGAAAUUCGUUACUUUGUAAAAGAAUUUGAAGAAAAACGUGGUCUUCGAGAAUUGCGAGUUCUUGAGAACUUGAAGAAUAUGAUCCAGGAAACAAAUGAACACAUGCUUCCCAAGUGCAAAGAGACCAUGCAGGACGGCCUGGCGGAGGCCCUGCAGAGAUUGCAAGCAGCUAAUAACUCCAUCGGCAGACUCCAACAGAGAGAACAGGAACGGAAAAAGGUGAUUAAUGAGCACUUGACAGCUAGUGAGAAGCAGCGCCUGCUCCAAUGGGAGGAAUUCAUGAAAGGACAGCCAGAGCGGAGAGCGCAGGUGGAUGACGAGCACAGGAGGGCCAUGGAGAGGCUCAAGGACCAAUAUGCCGAGAUGGAGAAAGACUUGGCGAAGUUUUCCACCUUUUAAGAAUUUGAUCUGCAGAGACAGAUGGAUGAGAAAGCACUGGCUUCCCCCAAAUCCCCCCACACCGCGUAGCCUCUCCUUCAGGUUAGCAAUACACUCAGUGGCACUCUUAGGUCUGAAGAGAAACUGCUGCAGCCAGACAGAUGUGCAGUGGAAGAAGAGUGCUUAUGUGCCUCAAUGUGGUCAUUUGAAGAAGAGGAGGGGAAAUGGGACAACUUUAUUGCUAAUCACAUUUGUUCUUCUUUUCAGUGAUUAGCUUAGAGAGCUGUGCAUGUAGAUUUCUGCAAGAGUCCACUUCAUUUUCACCAAGGGUAAAUGGUUUGUCAUUGUGGAUUAAAUGACAGGUGUGAUAGCUGCCCAGCCCAGCAUCCCUGGGGAAGGGUCAGGAUAGCCUCUUCUGUGACAGAGAUGCCACAGUGGGCUUUGAACAGCUUGCUUGGAAACACCAAAUUUGGCAGUGCAAUGCCAUGUGUUUCACUGGGUGACAAGACAUACAUGAUUGAUGGCCUUGUAGUGCUUAAUAUUUUCAUCUUCUAAACUAUGCUUAGGAGAAAAAUCUCACCAAACUGUAUUUUGACUUUUUCCGCUCCAAGAACCAUUAUCUUGCCCAUAGUACUUGCCUUGCUUUUGUAUCCAUUUCACCGUGGGCAAGAGCUCCAAAGAUUGAGGUCUGCUCAUGCUUCUCCUGCUCAGUAAGUAGUCAGCAGAAUCUGCCAGAAGUUCCCCCAGCCCAGACUAUGGAAGAUGGGCUCUGGGUGGGCCAGAAAUGCUCGUCCACACAGCACACGGUCUGUGUUAGAGGUAAACCUCUUCGUAUUAACAGCUGAUCUCCAGCAGGUGUGCUGGAUGGAACGCCACUGCUCGUCACCACUGUGAUCUUCUGCACGCCCGCACCUCACCUAAGGAGGAAGCACACAGAGUUGAAUUUGCUGUAAACUAAACAGAAGGUCAUGCAGUCAUUUGAGGAGAUGUGUAGCCAGUGGAUGCGAGGCGCAGAUGAGUCUUUGUAGUGUUUUGUGUUGCUCUCCAGUAAAGAAAGGCAAGCAGGAAAAUUCCUAACUCCCCUCUGUUAUCUCAGUGUUCUCACAGCAGGAAACUGACAGUGCUGGCCUGUGCGAAUGUAUGGCCGCCUGUGAAAGCUUCAUUCUUGGCUCAUGUUGAAAUGUGAUUAAAGCUAAUAGAGGAGAUGAAA